AUGGCACAGAAUGUGGUCUACGCUGACCUGAAGUUUGCAGCAGGCCCCUUGCCCACCGCAAGCCCCUGCCCCACAGACUCUGAUGAGAACGACAGCCCCUAUGAGAAUGUGCCAGUGGGGCCAGUGCCCGUGGCACCCAGCCCAGGGCGCUGGCGCUGGUGCUGUCGUGUGCCCAGGGGGCUGCUGGCAGUCAGCCUGCUGCUCUUGCUGGUGGCCACCGUGUCCCUGGGGGCUUGCUACUGGCAGGUCACUCGCAGGCUGCGGCACACCUCCCAGGAGAACGCGGCCGAGCGGGGCCACCUCUCACAGGAGCUGAGCAUGCGGGAGCAGAGCCUGGAGCAGGCGCAGCUGGAGCUGGCGUGGACCAGAGCAGAGCUGCAGCGAGCCUGGCAGGAGGGCAACGGCAGCCAGCUGGAGCUGAGCAAACAGGAUGCCGAGCUUGAGCGUGCCAGGCGGGAGCUGGCUGUGCUGGAGAGGCAGCUCAGGGCCAGCGAGAGCACCGUGAGCAGCCUGCGUGCCUGCGUGAACACAGACUGCUGCCCCUCGGGCUGGGUGCUCUACCGGAGCAAGUGCCUCUUUGUCUCGAUGGAGAAGAAGUCCUGGUGGGAGAGCUGCGAUGACUGCAGAAAGAAAUCCGCUCGGCUGCUGAUCCAAGACAACUGGCCAUCGUGGACGGUGCCGGUACAGAGCAGGGGGGCUCGUGGCACCUCGGGAGGUGUCAUUGGGCCCUGCCACCGCAAGGACACGCUGCUGACUCCUGUCCAGACCUGGACUUAUGCCUACUACUGCCCAGUUUGGUAUUACCACCUAGCCGGUUGA